UCUCACAAACCUCAUGGAGAUUUUGAGGAGGUGACCAAGCAUGUGGAUGAGAGAAGGCCAGUUGACGUAGUGUACAUGGACUUGAGUAAAGCCUUUGAUAAGGUUCCACAUGGAAGGCUAUUGGAGAAAAUACGGAGCCAUGUGAUUGAGGGAGAUUUAGCAGUUUGGAUUAGAAACUGGCUUUCGGUAAAAAGGCAACCAGUGGUGUUUGAUGGAAAAUAUUCAGCCUGGAGUCCGGUUACUCGUGGUCUGCCUCAAGGAUCUGUUUUUGGCCCACUGCUGUUUGUCAUUUUUAUAAAUGACUUGGACGCAGGCAUAGGUGGAUGGGUUAGUAAGUUUGCAAAUGACACUAAAGUCAGUGGAGUGGUGGACAAUGUGGAAGAAUGUCGCAUGUUGCAGGGAGACUUGGAUAAAGUGCAAAAUUGGGCGGAAAGGUGGCAAAUGGAGUUCAAUGUGAGGUGAUUCGCUUUGGGAGGAAUAAUAGGAAGGUACAAUACUGGGCCAAUGGAAAGAUUCUUGGUAGUGCGGAUGUGCAGAGGGACCUUGGCGUCCAUGUGCAUAGAUAUCUGAAAGUUGCCACCCAUGUUGAUAGUGCUGUGAAGAAGGCAUACGGUGUGUUAGACUUUAUUGGUAGAGGGAUUGAGUUCCAGAGCCGUGAUGUCAUGCUGCAACUGCACAAAACGCUCGUGCGACCUGUUCUGGUCGCUCCAUUGCGGGACGAAUUCGGAAGCAUUGGAAAAGGAGCAGAGGAGAUUUACCAGGAUGUUGCCUGGUCUGGAGUGAAGGUCUUAUGAGAGAAGGCUGAGCGACUCGAGUCUGUCCUCAUUGGAGAGAAGAAGGCUAAGAGGGCCUUUAAUAGAAACAUACAAGACGAUCAGAGAAAGAUGAGUCAGGGUGGACGGUGAGAGUCUUUUUCCUAGGAUGAUGAUGUUGGCUUGUACGAGGGGGCUCAGCUACAAAUUGAGGGGUGAUGGAUUGAAGACAGAUGUCAGAGGCAGGUUCUUUACCCAGAGAGUGGUAAGGGCAUGGAAUGCCCUGCCUGCCAAUGCAGUUAACUCAGCCACAUUCAGGGCAUUUGAACAGCCCUUGGAUAAGCAUAUAGAUGAUGAUGGGAUAGUGUGAGGGAACGGGCUUAGAUUAGUUCACAGGUUGGCGCAACAUGGAGGGCCGAAGGACCUGUUCUGCACUGUAUUUUUCUAUGUUCACAGAUGACACUAAAAUGAGUGAGAGAGUAAAGUCUGAAGAGGACAAUGAAAAUCUGCGGAAGGAUGCAGAAAGUUUAAGUGAAUGGACAAGGGUCUAGCAGAUGGAGUCCAAUGAUGGUAGAUGUGAGGGUAUCCAUUUUGGUAGCAAUUAUUGAAAAAUGGAGUCUUGCUUAAAUGGUGAAAAAUUGUAGCAUGCUGCUCCGCAGAGUGAGCUGGGCAGCCUUGUGUCUGAAUCAGGUAGUUUGCAGAUGCGGCUGGUAAUUGAGACAGCAAAUGGAAUAGUGUCCUUCAUUGCGAGAGUGAUGCAGUUUAAAAAUCGGGAGGGUAUGCUACAGUUGUAUAGGGUGCUGGUGAGGCUUGGUGUGGAGUAGUUUGUACAGUUUUAGUCUCCUCACUUGAGAAAGGAUGUACUUGCACUGGAGGGGGUGCAAAGGAGGUUCACGAGGUUGAUUCCAGAAUUAAAAAUGUUGCUGUACGGGGAGAGAUUGAGUAGACUAGGAUUGCAGUCACUGGAAUUUAGAAGAAUGAGGGGUGAUCUAACAGAAACUUUUAAAAUUAUGAAACAAAUGGAUCGGAAAUUGUUUCCACUGAUGGGCGAAAUUCCAACUCGGGGGCACAGCCUCAAAAUAAGUGUGAACAGAUAUAAAACUGAGUUGAGGAUGAGCUUCUUCAUCCAAAGGGUUGUGAAUCUGUGGAAUUCUCUGCCCACUGAAACAGUUGAGGUUCCCUUGUUGAAUGUUUUGAAAGCCAAAACAGAUAGAUCUUUGAACAGGAAAGGAAUUGAGGGUUAUGGUGAAUGGGAGGGUAAGUGGAGCUGAGUCCGCAAAAAAGAUCAGCGGAACGAGCUGGAAGAGACAGAUGGCCUACUCCUGUUUUAUUUCUUAUGUCCGUACGUCCUUAGAUUGCCAUCCAUGUCAUUCCUCCUUCCCUGGAAUAGGCCAGCUCUGAACUGAAGAGUCGGUCUUUAAAUAACUCCCACAUAUCAAAUGUUGACUUGUUCAAUAAAAGCUCCUCCCAAUUAAUACUGCUCAGCUCCUACCUAACACUGAUGUAAUUUUCCCUCCCCCAAUUUCGUCCCUUCCCACAAGGUCCUGAUUAUCCAUGGCUGUCUUAAAAUGUAAGGAGAUGCGAUCGCCCAUUUAAGAAGCUCCUGGUUCACUGUUUUUCCCAAGUGGGAAUCAGCUACAGGCUUUCUUGUUCCACGAUGGGGGAGGAAAUGGCCUAGUGGUAUUAUUGCUGGACUGUUAAUUCAGAGACUGAGAUAACAUUCUGGGGACCUGUGUUCAAAUUCCAGCACAGCAGAUGGUGGAAUUUGAAUUCAAUAUAAAAGAAAAUCAUGAAUUAAGAAUAUAAUGAUGACCAUGAAUUCAUUGCCAAAUGUCAGAAAAACUCAGCUGGUUCACUGAUGUGCUUUAGGGAAGGAAACUGCCACCCUUACAUGAUCUGGCCUAUAUGUGACUGCAGACCCACAGCAAUAUGAUUGACUUUGAACUGUCCCCUAGGCAAUUAGGGAUGGACAAUAAAGACUGCGUAGCUAGGGAUGUCCUCCUCCCAUUAACAAAUAAAUAACAUUGGAUUCUACAUCUUCCGAUCCAAGAUCGUUUCUUGCUCUCAUACUAAUUUCUUCGCUUACAGUCACUUUCCCUCCUGCCUGUCUUUUUGGAAUGUCGUAAAGCCCUGCGCACUUAGCUCCAGUGUUGAUCUCCUUGUAACCAUGUCUUUGUAAUAGGUAUAAAAUCAUGCCCGUCAACCUAGAAAUGUGCUAUUUAUUUGUUGAUUUUGUUCUGAAUACAAUGAGCACGCAAGCAAAGAGCCAUGAAUUUAGCUUUAUCACUUGAUUUCACCUCUUGACACUAUUUACAGCUGUUUUCUGUUUGUACAUGCUGCCUUUUCCAGUACCACGCUGAGUAUUGUUAUCCCGAUAGUUCUUUCGUCUCAGUCCGUGUGUAUUCCUGGGCGAAUGUGCUCGUGUGGUCUCAGGAGUUGGGGAGGUCACGGCUCUGGGACAGCCGUUUCAUCGCCCUAUGCUGCAGGUAAAAAGCAAUGAAAGUGCCGUUAAUUUUUUGCAUGGCGAGCUGCUGCAUACUAACCGGUCUCACACCAUUACCAACACCUUGCCCUUGUGAAGGCAGAUAUGGAUAAGGUUCUCAAAGCUGAUAGAAGAUUGAAACCACUCUAAUCCUGUGACGAUGAACCUACCCCGGAAGAGAGAGCCCAGAGAAUUGCCAAAGCUGUCCGCAAACAGUCAACAGAAGUGAAGGAAAAUUGGGAGCAAUUGAAAACCCGUGCGAGCAACUGGCAGAAACAGGUGGAAAAGGCGUUGGAGAAACUUCAAGAACUGCAGAAAGCGCUGGAUGAUCUUGAGGCUCAUGUGAUAACAGCUGAGGGGGUCCACACUGAUUGGCAACCUGUGGGUGACCUGCUUAUUGACUCAUUGCAGGAUCACAUUGAUAAAACCACAGGAAAAAAGCCUUGAAAGUGCCGUUAAUUUUUUGCAUGACGAGCUGCUGAAUACGAACCAGUCUCACACCAUUGCCAUCACCUUGCCCUUGUGAAGGCAGAUAUGGAUAAAGUUUUCAAAGCUGAUAGAAAAUUGAAAGCACUCACAUCCUGUGACGAUGACCUCUUCAAACAAGGAGCUGAACCCACAGAAUUAUGUGACCAACAAAGCCUGAGCCUUUUGCUUCACAAUGCAGUCCAGAUCCCUCGGCAGCUGGGUGAGGUACCUUCAUUUGGAGGCAGCAACAUUGAACCAAGUGUCCGCAGUUGCUUCCAACAUGGCCAGAACAAACCAGAGAUUGAUGUUAAACACUUUGUAGAGUGGAUGAGAUUGGAGCCUCAGUCCAUGGUGUGGCUGCCUGUUCGACACCGUGUGGCAGCUGCUGAAACUGCAAAACAUCAGGCUAAGUGUAACAUCUGCAAAGAGUACCCACUCGUAGGUUUCAGGUGCCGCAGCCGAAAACACUUAAAUUAUGACAUCUGCCGAAGCUGUUUCUUUUCGGGACGCACAUCCAAGGGGCACAAGUUACAUUACCCAAUGGUGGAGUACUGCACUUCAACAACAUCAGGUGAAGAUGUGCGUGAUUUCACCAAGGUGCUGAAAAAUAAGUUCAGAUCAAAGAAAUACUUGGCCAAGCAUCCUCGUUUGGGUUAUUUCCCAGUACAAACAGUCCUAGAAGGACACAAUCAUCGCCUUGGAAGCUUCAUCACGAUACUACUUUGCAUUUCUGAAGAGGGAAGAAGAAAUCAACAUGCAAAUUCAAUUCCAUGGUUUUGGAAGUCCCUUUGAGAACACGAUUCAUUU